AUGAUUGAGACUUUGAAUGAGGCUCUCAAUGCUUAUGAGGUGAAAGCUCAUCGACUGAAUCCUGACGAUGCGUUGGUGUCGUUAGCGAUUCUUGGUCAAUCAGACCAUUUCAUCGGAAACUGUGUGUCAACAUUUUCCCAUAUUGUUCGACGGGAAAGAAAUGUCAGCAAACCACCCAAACCAACCUCAUACUUUGGUAUCAAAGGUCAGGAGCGACGGAUCGAGCUAUAG